UCAUUGUUUCCUGAUAAUUUUGUGUGGUAUUAAACUCUACUUUUAUUUUGCUUUUUAGAAGCUAGUGAUAGGCUAAAGGAUUAAAAAUAGAACCAAUGAUGAAAGCAAUCUUAGUAGGAAUUCUUUUGCUUUGCUGGUUUGACUCAACGUUAUCCAGAUUAGAAAAAAAGGAUUUCGGCCCGGCUCUCCUAAAGCACGUCGAUAGAUGGCAUACUAUUUGCAGAAGGGUAACAGGUGCGUCAGAAGAUCAAAUAGAUAGGGUCUACAAUGGAACUUUCCCCGAAGGCGAUGAUGCUUUACAGAGAUACACCUAUUGCAUAUGGAAUAUGGGUGGUCAGAUGGACCUUAAUAUGAAAAUGGAUCAAAAUCAACUAUGGGUUUAUAUACCUGACAUGCACAAAGCUGACUUUGUCCACUAUAUGAAAUGUAACGCUGAUGCUAUAAAAUUGCCUAACAAAAAUCAUGUCCAGAAGGUGUGGGAGAUGCAAAAGUGCGUUCAAAAGUCAGUGGAUAACGAACACUACAUAUUCUUCUAAAGACGCAGACUGGAUUACCGGAGUUGAUAUGUUAAAAAUUAUGUGAAAAACAAUUUGAUUACCUGUUAAUAAUUCUGAAUAAACUCUUAUAUCAAUAUUAAA